AUGCCCGAAAUUGAAUUAGAUGCGCCUUUUAAGCAGAAAGACAACGUUACCCAGAUGGACAACCAAUCACUAGAAAGGAAAACGGUCGCACUGCUGUAUAUGUUGGGCAUCCCUCAGGCUCCGAGCUCCGAAACUGAUGACAAAAGAUUGAGAAAGGCAGGGAGCAUGAGGAAGGAGCGAGGAUCGAUGGUGGUGGUAAGAGGAGAAGAGCAUAUACCCGCUGUAUCAGGCAUUCUGGCUUCUUCGUGCCGAAUAGGGAUGUCUGUAGGCAUGAUGUUGAGACUGAGAAUAUGGACCUCGAUGUCGUUGAUGACUUGGAAGAUGCCAAGUUCGUCGCUGGCUGAUGUUGAAGUGGAGUUUGUCUGGUUCUACAACCACCACCACCGUGCUACCUCCGAGUCUCACCUCGCUUUCCAUCAGUCAAGCACGAUGGAGUCUUCUGUAUCAUGUUAUCCGAUGACUGGCUCAGUAUCACUUAGAUUUCUUCAACAUGCAUCGCCCGACGCGUUUUUCGACCUUAAACAAACUGUCGACCGCCCUGUCUGUGCCGGACCUGUGAAUGGUGGUGGAGUAGUCCUGGAGAGAAUAUCUGUGAUAGGGGAUAGAAAAAAAGUGUGUUCACUUCAAGAUUUUCUGUAUACUAGAGAUAACCUUCAUCUGCCUUCAGAACGACGGGGCCAACGUAGAACUAUGACUGGUCGAAAGAGAAAUGAUUGCACUGCCGGCAUCAUUCUACCCGUCCUUAUUCUUUGUGUGAUGCUCUCGAACAGUCAUCGAAUUAGAAAUGUUUUCUGGGGUAUUUGGCAUACGCAAUCCGGUACCAUAGAAUAUAAACAUUUUGUCGGAUCAGUCGAAAUACCACACCGCGGCGAAGACUUAUUCCGCAAUGACGGUCUUUCGGUCUUUCAAAUGUCGCACUUGGACACUCUAGACGGCUUGGUUCAGCACAUCACAGACGCCGCACCAUCGACAACCCUUCCCAUUCUCACAAAUACUCAUUUGCUCGCCUGUGACUUCAACAGAGUCACACGGACAGCCGUCAAGCAUUUCAGUUUACAGCUUAGCCACGGAAUACUUUAUUUAAAACCUGAACCGCACGAAGACGCUUCCAAAGAUAUUCAGAAACAUUAUGAUCUCGUCCUAUAUAAUUGCCGGAAAGCGAGAGAGGACCUGUUUCCUGCCAUUGAAAUGGAUCUUAUGGACAUAGAGCCACUACUCCUCACCGACAUACGCGGCUCGUAUGGACUCGAACCCCUCCUCCGGUUUAUAAAGCGUAUCCUCGGAUAUUGGUCUACUCGGAUUGACCUCCUUGACGACAUUCAUGAUAUCAUUCACUCGGUCCUAAGUUCUUUACAAGCAGUUGUGACCUACCUUGAUUAUAUCGAGCAAUUUGCACGUUUUGUCUAUGGCCGUUUCGUUGACAAGGAUUGGGUGGAUCGCCACCGAGGCCGCUCAGACUUGCAUUGGUGCUUGCAUCAGACUAAGGAGUCAGUGUUCAAAGUGGCUUUCGCCUUGCCACUGCAUCUCUGGCCUCUGGGGUACCGUCCUGCGUAUGCUCUCUCAGCCUUAUUCCACUGA